AUGGCGGACGCGGCUCCUCUUAAGCUCUGCAAAGGCUGCGGAUUUUCCUACGAGGAAGGACAAGGCAGGAGAAACUUGGGCACUACCUCGGACAUGGCUGACUGGAGCCAGGCUGAAACCUAUGAGUUCUUCCGUGCCGUGCAGCAACCGCAACAGGGUCGCCUGAAGUGGAGCACUAUUCGGUCCGCUUGGAUUAAGAAAAAUACAGAGGCGAAGAUUCGCAAAUUUUCUUCCACGGUUGAGAAGCAGCCCUUGCCUAAGUCGGUCUGGCAGCAGCGUGGGUGGCAUGAGUCGGUUAUCGAUCGCUUCGAACCUAAGUGGUCCGACGAGUAUGGCACAUAUGUACACGAACUGCCGAUCGCCACGCUGCGGUGGGAGGAAGCCCAUGAGGCUGUGGAGACUAAGGUCUUGGAACAAGAAAAGGCAGCAUCGAAGAAGAAGGGAAGCAAGAGCAAUGCAGACCAAGAGUUACAUGUUCCCGAGAUGGAGCAGGCAACAAAGUCAGAAGGGAAGGAAAAGAAGGCCCAAGCGGCUCAGCAGAAGAAAGUUGUGAGUAGUAACGUGAAGAUUGCAGCCAUGGCUGCCAGAGCCAUGGGCUCACUCUGUGCUGCUGAGACUUCUCUGGGCAAGCUCUUGGCCAAGGCUGACGGCGUGGAUGCGUUGGAGCCCCAAUCGUUGCAAUUAUGUCAAGACUCCAUGGAGAAAGUGAAGACUUGGGGUGCUGCAGCGCGCGCCGCUGUGAACGCCCAAGAGGCAAACAAGUCUCUCGGUUCAGACGUGGAGCAGGCGUCUCUGAUUCCGCUACCAUUCGACCACGCUGAUCUGAAGGUGUUGCUGCAGCAAAGUGCAGCUGGGCAGAAGGCUCUGAAGGAUUCGUUUCCGAAGAAGGAGCCGCGUCCGAAGGCUGCGGCCAAGGCAGCAGUCAAGCAGCCCGCGGGGGGCGAGGGAGGAGAUACGGAGGUGCAGCCGGCCAAGAGCCGCGAAGUGGACAUGUCGCGCGAUGGGCAAAAAGAAAGCAAUGGACAGGCUACGUGCCGCGCGCAGCACUUGAAAUAUCCAGAGGCGGGGGCACUUCUACGAGAAGUGACGUUGCAGGAGUCCAAGCUGGUCGUCUAUGUUAACACAUUGCCAGACCUCAUUCAGGAAAAGACGAAUAGAUGCGCUUUGUUUGCGCACAUGUUGGCAGAAGCGAUCAGGACGAAUGGGAAUAUGCUAACGCUGCUCAUUUUUUCUGACGAAGCGAACCCAGGGAACAUAUUGGCGGCGCGUCAUCCGCGCAAAAGCAACCUGGUGUACUUCACCUUCUGGGAAUUUCCAUUGCUUCAUGUCCAAAGUCUGUGGCUGCCAUUGUCCUUGAUCAGAUCGAACGAAGUUUCUGAUGCUGGCAGUUCCUUCGCCGAGACGACAAGGGGGAUCGUGGAACAUGUCUUCGACGAGGUGGUUGAUGGCUUUGCCGUUUCAAUCAAAGGCCAUGCCGAAAUGUUAUUCAUUCGGGAAGUCAUUCUGUUGAAUGAUCACGAAGGUAUGCGAUCGAUCAGUGGCAGCAAAGGUGCUGCUGGCGCAAAUCCUUGCGCACAUUGUGUGAAUGUUUUGUCAAAUGGCAGAUCGUGUCCAAGGAGUUACGUCACCAUCCAAGAGAUGGACGCAAGCAAGUUCAUGCGGCAAACGGAUGCCGGGGUUCUCGAUAUCCGGCGUCACUUUGAUGGAUGUGCAACCAAGCAAAGUCUCUCUCAGGCAGAGGUUGCUCUGGGUUGGAAUGCCCGUGAGUUACGGCGUUCCAUUUUUGCCUCCGAGAAGCUGAAGCCAUGGAUUUCCUUGGACGGCCUCCUGGUCGACACCAUGCACCAGUACUACUCACAUGGACUCAUCGCGCAAGAGCUUGGAUUGUGGUUUGGUCGCUACCGUUCAGCUGGCUUCUCGUUGUCUGUGCUGCAAAAAUAUUUCACCAUUGGCUGGAAGACGACGAAGGACUCACUCGUGAGUCCAGCGCAAUGUUGCACAGAACAUCUCUUUCGAGAGGAUAGUGAUUUUCGUGGUGACGCGUCUGCUUGUGCCAUUGCUUUGCCGCUUGUCUGGGCCUUUAGUCAGGAAAUCUUGCAUCAGCAUGAAAAGAUGCAGGAAGCCAUUGUAUCAUUGGAUGCAUUAUAUGCUGUAACAAAGUGCCUUCAGAGAAUGAAAUGGAAUCCAGCCGAGGGGAAGUGUCUAGUAUCUCUGCAGCAAGCGCAUAUGACCGCUUUUCAAGCCGCGUAUGACGCGGCAUUGACACGUCCGAAAGCUCAUUACGCUCUACAUGUUUGGAGGCAAGUCCUCCGUUGGGGUCGGCACGCAGAUUGCUUCGUUGGGGAACGCAAACACCGCAUCUUCAAGAGCCAAGUUGCUCCCAAGAUGACAAAUUUGAAUACAUUCAGCAAGAGUUGCUUGUUGCAGUUGACCCAAAUGGAGCUGCUGGACGCUGAAGACAUGGAGGCGUACACAGGCCGUCUUCUGGGAAAGCUACGUGCUGACCCUGCUUGCGCCCAAGUGGUUGGCCUGCCCAAGGAUUCAAAAUUUUCAACGGAAAUUGAAUAUCACUGCGUCAAAUAUGCGAAAAACAACUUUUUGAUCCUCUCCAAUGACUGCUGUGUCAAAGUGCAAGGUGCUGUCAGCAACGAUGUCAGUAUGUUCUUGCUCGCUGCAGAUGAGUUCACCAAAGGCUGUCCUGUAGGCUGCUAUCCUCCAAACACCUUAGCACCGCACAUGCAGGCCCUCCGGACGCCCUGCGGGCUCUUAUACUGGGCCGGCACGGAGGCGGCGGAGAGGUGUCAGGGUUUCAUGGAAGGCGCCGUGGACGCUGCACAGCGCGUGGUGAAGGAAGUGUCGCAGUCCUUAGCUGCGUCGAAACUCUAG